AUGGAGGGACUUUUUUUCAAUAUAGAUUAUGGAUACGUUGAAGGGGUAGUUCGAGGAUAUAGAACAGGAUUACUUACAUCAAAUCAAUAUGUUAAUUUAACACAAUGUGAUAAUCUAGAAGAUUUAAAAUUACAAUUAUCUUCAACAGAUUAUGGGAAUUUUUUAGCUAAUUACUCAGGACCUUUGAGUACUUCAGUAUUACAAGAAAAUUUGAAUAAGAAAGUUUAUCAGCAAUAUCAAUAUAUAAAAACUCAAUCUUCAGGAAUAUUAACUGAAUUUAUGAAUUAUAUUCAAUACGGGUACAUGAUUGAUAAUGUUAUAUUAAUGAUCACAGGAACAUUACACGAAAGAAACAAAUCAGAUAUCUUGAGAAAAUGUAAUCCUUUAGGUUGGUUUGAUACAUUACCUACAUUGACAAUAAGUACAGAUAUUGAAAGUUUAUAUUCAACGGUAUUAAUUGAUACUCCAUUAGCACCAUUUUUCAAAAACUGUAUAAGUGCAGAUGAUUUAGAUGAUUUAAAUAUUGAAAUAAUUAGAAACAAAUUAUAUAAAAAUUAUUUGGAAUCAUUCAUGGAAUUUGUACAAACUAAAUUUUAUGGACCAGAUAAAGAAAUAAUGACAAGAUUAAUUACUUUAGAAGCUGAUAAAAGAGUUAUCAAUAUUGCAUUGAAUUCAACAAAUAAUCAAGAAUUAUCAAUUGAAGAUAAAUUAAAUUUAUUUCCCAAUUUAGGUCAAUUAUACCCUACAUACCAUUUAGAAUUAGCACAAGCAGAUGAUUUUGAACAAUUAAAAAUUAUUAUUGAAAAUAUAGGAGAUUAUCAAGAUUUAUUUAAUGAUAAUAACGAUAAAUCUUUAGGUGAUUGGUUCUAUUUGUUAGAGAUGCAAUUUUGUAGAGAUGCUUUUACUCAACAAUUUACUUUAUCUACUGUUUAUGCUUGGUUAAAAUCAAAAGAACAAGAAAUUAGAAAUAUUACUUGGAUUGCUGAAUGUAUUGCUCAAAAUCAAAAAAGUAGAAUUGAAAAUUAUAUAUCUGUAUAUUAG